AUGGGUGCACCGCUUCAAGUUGGUGCAGUAGUCGCUAGAAUGUUAUCGCUGAUGUGGCAAAAACCCAUAUUACCGGUUAAUCACUGCGUUGGUCACAUCGAAAUGGGUCGUCUCAUCACGGGC